UCUAAAUGUUUAGAAAUUAGUGGACAGCAGAGAAUAGCUUUAAUCUCGUGAAACAAACAGUUCCAUGUAACGUUUUUAUAUCAAUGACGCGCUAGAAUUAAUGACUACAUUAGUUUUUGGACAUAUUACGUGAUCAUUCCACAAGUUUUUUGCGGUAUACUGAAUGCUAAACUUUUGAAAAGAAUAACAAUUAAUGAUUCUCGAAAUGAUGAACUUUAUUUCCCCAUUCUCAUCAUUAGCGCUACCCCCAGGCUUCCACGGACUGACAUCGGCUGCUAGUAGCGGAACAACCAACGUCAAACGUACACCCUUCGCCAUUCAGGAUUUAUUGAGCCUGGGGAAAAAAGAGGGCGGUGGAGGUGAGAAAAACGAAAGAGGUACCCCAGAGAGGUCGAACAUUCCAUUAUCGGCGUAUUUUACUCCAUUUCUUACUCCAUCAUUUGGAAGAGAUCGGGAGACACCAGAUUCUGAAAAUCUACCCUUGUCGUAUUCAUCAUGGCGGUCACCCGUUGUCCUGUCGUCUGCUAUGUCGCCUGAUGCCGUGUUUGAUAUGAGAUCAAAUGAGAACUUGUCGUUUCCAAGAAACUACAGUAAAAAUGAUGAACUUCACGGUAGACUAGGCAGUAAUGAUUUAAAUCAUGAUUCAGGUGAAUUAAACUCUAAAAAAAAGAAAAAGAAAAGAAGACACAGAACAAUAUUCACAAGUUAUCAGUUAGAGGAAUUAGAAAAGGCUUUUAAAGAUGCUCACUAUCCCGAUGUAUAUGCAAGAGAAGUUUUAGCUAUGAAAACAGAUUUACCUGAAGACAGAAUACAGGUUUGGUUUCAGAAUCGUCGAGCUAAAUGGCGAAAAACGGAGAAAACUUGGGGAAGAAGUAGUAUUAUGGCGGAAUAUGGUUUAUAUGGUGCUAUGGUUCGCCAUUCUUUACCAUUACCAGACACUAUAAUCAAUACAGCUAAAGACAACGUGUUAGAUAAUUGUGCGCCUUGGUUGAUAAGUAUGCACAAAAAAUCGUGUAAUACGUCAGAAGUUCUGGGUGAAAGUGAUAAUGAGGGCAGUGUGGAGGUUCAGGAUGAUGAUGGUGCUGUCACAGGAAAUGAAGUAGACGCAAACAUACCAGCUCCUAAAAUGAAAGAAGAAAUACGAACAGAAAGUAUAGCAGCUCUAAGAGCUAAAGCUGUUGAACAUAGUGCUAAAUUAUUACAGGAUUUUGGCGAGAAUUCUAAUCACAGAAUCAGCCCACAAAACGAAGACUCAGUGGACUCUACAGAUGACGAUAUUUGCGUUACAGACUCUCCAAGUCCACACUCGACGUGAUUUAGAAACUUUUAGAGUGGAUAAUAAUUGAUUAGUAGAAAGUUUAGUGCUAGAAGAACAGCAUUCUCUACAUACCCGGGUCAAGUGUACCCAUCGUCUUUGUGGGAACUAUAAGAAAGAAUGAUUGUUAUUGAGUUAACAAAUCUGCAGAAAUAUAAACAGGGUUACUUACACACGUAAACCAAUCACCAAAGUACUAGAUGUACUCCUAGCUUUAGGUACGGUGGCUUUCAGGGACCAUUUGAUAGCCCAUAUUUUAAAUUUUAUGCGUACUUAUUACCUUUAAAAAAUAGAAAGUCGCCAUUUAAAAUGCUGGUGAUUGACUUAUAUUUGUUGCCUGGAAACCUGAUAUUAAAAGAUUUUAAAACGAAUCUGCUUUUUAAAAACAAAACAAAAAAAAACAAAAGGGAAGCUUUCGUUAUUCAAAACAUACAUUUAUGAACAUUUUAAAUUUGUUUUUUUUUUCAGCUGUAUUAUAGAAUAUCAAAACAAACUCUAUUUUUAAAGAGUCUUAAAACGGGUAUACUACUAUUUUAUGACUGCCUGAUUAUAAUACUGAACAGAUAUAGAAUUAUUUAGAGAAUCGUAGUUGGUUAUGGCAGAGCUUAUAUAUCUGAUGUAGAGACUGGGUAGAGUCAAAUCUUAAAGAAAUGUUUUGCUAACGGAUGUGACAAAUAUUACAUGUAUUACAUUUCAUAAUUUGGAUAUGAAAUGCUCGUAUCCCAUGCUUUAAUAGUCUACAUUCACAGAUUUAUAUUUGCAUUUAAGGGACACGAUUAAUUCAUACUUACUGGACCACAACUUGUGUUAUAAAAAAACCCAGAACCAUUCCAUGAUUAGAUAUCACAAUGUACGACACGUCACUGUUUGGCAAGGUAUACCGUAAAACGCGACCGUUACAUUGACCGCUUUUUUGCAAGUUAAAUGGAAAGCACACAUAUAAAAUCCAAUACCGUAUUCACAAAACCUCUGUAUAUACUUAAUAAUAAAAAGUAAAAUCGAAAAAUAUUUAGGUAAGCAAGGAAUACAACAUGAAGACAAAGCUUUAUAGUAAUAAUAAAAAGUCGGGUUGUUGGUAUGUUCUUUAGUAGAAAUGUCAUAAAAACAAUCAAACCGGCAAAGCAGGAUUUCGAUGAACAGACAUCCUAGAUUUCAAAGCCCCGUAAAUUUUGAGGUCCCAGGCCCCAGUCUGCUAAUCGUAUAGGUAAAUCCGGCACUGCAAACAUGGUAACGAAUCUAAACGUGACAUCGGCAUUUUUGACUGCCGGAAGUCGGUUUUUCUAUGAUGUUAUACUGUAACAUUCAAGAGCAAAUCCAUUCCAGUUAUAUGAUGUUAUAGUGUAACAUUCAGGUUCUACGCUGUUAUAGUGUAACAUUCAAGAGCAAAUACAUUCCAGUAUAUGAGAUUAAGUAAAGAAGAAAUUAUUUUCAUUCAGGUUUAAUUGACCAUCUUGCUCGGCCUGUCUGUAUAUUAUCUUUUCAAUUGAUAAUUACUAUUGUGAACUUUUACAUGUGCGUUAAAUCAACUGAGAACUUUAACACGUACUUUAAAUCAACUGAGAACUUUAACCUUUAAAUCAACAGAGAACUAUAGCACGUACUUUAAAUCAACUGAGAACUAUAGCAUGUACUUUAAAUCAAAUAUGAUAUAUUACAUGUACUUUAAAUCAAUUGAGAUCUAUGUAUAUUUUAAAUUGGGAACUUUUUAUAAAUGUACUUUAUAUCAAUAGAGAUGUAUGUAUACUUUACAUUGAGAUUGUAAAUGUAUUUUAUAUGAGAUAAAGAAAUAGUUCAUAGAUUAUAAAAGAUAUGAUACGAAAUAAAGAAAUAGUGCAUGAACUAUAAAAGAUAUGAUAAUUUAUACAUAUUAAUUACUGGUUAUACAUUAAACCAAAUAUAGGGGAAUAAAUCAAUUUAUAAACAAAUAAAAUGGUAAUCGCCUGAUUAUUAGUAUAUUGACGAGAUAUUCUCACAGUGGCAGUCAUAUUGCUCCAGGUAGUAUUUUAAUGUUUCUCAUUCAUAUAAAACUAUCACAUCCCCAGUAAAUAAAGUUAUUAUGAAGGCAUUAUGUAUAUAUUAUGUUAACAUUUUAUGAUUUUAUUAUUAU